AUGGCUAGAUUCCCAGCAAUCCCGGCGGAUGAGCGCACCCCAACCACGAACUUCAUUGAGCAAAGCAUUCGACAAACCUUCUCUCAAAUGCCUUCACACCUGGAAUGGCACGAUGCUUCUGGCGCGCUCCUGGGUACUUAUGCUUCGUUGCCUUACACGGAGGAUCUGGCCAAGCCAUGGUUCAACCUUGCUUUUGCCAUCACUCGGCAGGAGAGAUUCACGAUCAAGGAGAGAGAACGCGUAAUCCUCGCAGUUCUGACCGAGUAUGACGCGCCGUAUGAUCAUGAGCUCCCUCGUCGCAGCGGUUGA